CCAGUAACAAAAACAAAAAUCUCAAGCACAAGUUAAAUUUUUGUGAGUUGCUACACAAAAAACGUAAAAGAGAAGACAGUUCUCUCGAAAUAUUGAUAGAUCAACAAAGAUUAAAGUGAGGUGUGUUAAAAUACAGCAGAUACGUGGUAGUAUCAAGUGUUAACACUUUUCGUACUCUGCAGCAACCCAAAAGCAGAAUGUCAGUACGAGACUUUAUCAAGGGUCUGCCCAUACACGAUUCGAGCAAUUUUACCCAUUUGAGCAACGAACAUGGAAUUCGAACGUCGCAGAAGCGUGCCUCCGUCUACCUGCCCACCGAGGAUGAGCAUUCAGAGCAGCUGAUCGUGAUGGACAAGCGAUGUGUCCUGCUGCGCUACCUCACUCAGCAGUGGGACAAAAAGACGCUUCAGCGGAAGAGGGAGCACGGCGGCGAUUCGGGAAAUGGCAACGGCAACAGCUCCACGCCCAACGGCAACAGCACCAACAGCAAAAAGCGCCCGCGCUUGGACCCCAACGAGCUGAACUGAGCUGGGCGGCAGGACCUUAAGCCAAGCACCCGAUGGACAUCCCCACGCAGCACUACUAUCCCGAGCGAACACGCAGCCGCCACCAUUCAUUUACACUCAUAUACAUAUAUAUUAAAUAAAAUAUACUAAGUACAAAGGAGUUGCAGUCGAACGGUCCUUUCAAAGUUUUGUAUCACGCUGAUCAUUGGUCGAAAGCCCCAGUAUUUCUUUAGAUUUCAGUUGUACCCAAAUUAACACAGCUAAAUAAUGUUUUUGUGACCAACAUAUGCAUACCUCCUUUUGCAAGAAAAUACCAUCAUUCGUAUAAAAUGUCGAGUACAAAAUUUUGUAAGCUUUGUUACUGCUAGUUCAUGAAUCACGGUAUUUUUUUUUCCAUUCUUUGGACUUACCUUAGGAAAAUAUACAUGUACUUCUCGCAAAGUUUGUAACCUAAAAUGUAAUGCGUUUAUAAUCUGGGAAUUGAUCUGCAUAACCAAUUGUAUACACUAUUAUUGUAAAUUGGCAAUGAAUUAUUUUGGCAGAAGGAAGAUCGACUGAAUUCCAGUACAACACAUUUAUAAUAGCACAUAAUGUGAGUUCCAAUAGAUUUACUUUUAAAG